AUGCUCUCGGUCCCCCAGGGGGCUGGGGUGAAGAGGCCAAACCGUUUCUCCAGUGAGCUGAUCAACCUGGGGAUGAUGCGCGGCUGCGAGGUGGAGGAGAGCCUGGUGGAUGUGGAAGAGGCAGACGACGAGGAGAUGGAGACGAAAUUGAGCUCGUGGCUGACUCUGCUGGACAAGGAGAGGGAGCUGAACCCAGCCUUGAACAACGCCUGGUCUGAGGCCCGGCUGGAGUGGGCCCGGAUGAAGGCGAAGGGCAGCCGAGCUCCGGGGGGUCUGAAGGACGAGCUGGUGGUGGCUGUGGUGUGCUACGCCAUGGAAUAUCCACCCCCUCCCUCAGGACCUCUCUACCUGGUCUUUAACCAGGCUUUAAGACACUGCCUAGGGCCUGAGGAAUCCCAGGAGGCAUGCGAGCGAUUCCAGGGCCUAUGCCAGCUCCUAGGCCUGGCACUGAGGGGCCUAAGGAGGGCAGAGUGGGCCCACGAUGGGAAGAGGGAAGUGGGCACCGUUUACAGGGGCUCCCCCAGGCCAUUCUGGGCAAAUGUUGGCGACACGGUGCAGUUUGGGAGUUUCACAUCGACGUCCGCAAGCAGGGACGUGGGCGAGAUCUUCGCUGGGGAGGGGGUAGGGAGCGGGGGGACGCUCUUCCACAUCCGCACGGCCAGGGGGGCCUCAGUGGCGAAGCUGUCCCCCUUCCCUCAGGAAAAGGAGGUCCUCAUCCCUCCAUGCGAGGUCUUCCGUGUUGACAAGGUCGAGAGGUCGAAGGUCAACGGCCAACCCCGUGUAGACCUCCACCUGACCUCCCUCCAGUUGUCAGGGGUGAGCGGAACCACAGAGACCGGGCGAUUCCAUUUCCUCACCUUCACGCUCGCUCUCACCCUCGCUCGGGAACACUGUUAA